UCUCGGAACAUGUACCAUGAGUUAGGCAGCCGCUGGAGUACGGACGACCCAUGUACCGAACUCGUGUGCACUACUGAAGGGGUAAAACGUACCAAUAAAUAUUGUAAGACUACGACUAAACCAGGCCAGAGCUGCUUCAAGUAUAUUCCUGCAGGCGAAUGCUGUCCUAUAUGGAACUGCAGCUGUUACGGUUCGGAUGGCCACUACCAUGAAACAGGCAGUCGCUGGACUACUGGUAACCCGUGUGAGGAAUACGUGUGUACUACUGAUGGUAUACAGGAAGCCAUAAGAUAUUGUGCGAAGACCCCUCAGCCUUUACCCAUCUGCUUCCAGGAUACUCCAACCGGUGACUGCUGUCCAAUAUGGAACUGCAGUGGGUGUAUUGAUAGUGCAGGUAACUACCAUCCAUUGUACGAGCAGUGGGAGACAGACCAUUGUAAUCAACUUAUCUGUACCAUGAGUGGCAUUAGGACGACUCCCGUCACAUGUACACUUGGUGAUCCUCCCCACAGGACAUGUGUAAAACAUACCCCCGAUGGAGAGUGUUGUCCAAUAUGGAAGUGCAGAGACUGUAUAGACUACCAUAAUAACGGCCAUGAGUUGGGAAGCGUGUGGCAGACUGACCCUUGCACCACACACACAUGCACGUUGGACGGGAUAAGCACGGAGGAGGAAACCUGCACUCUUUCACCACCACCACCGUACAAAAAUUGUCAGUUGGUUAAACUACCAGGACAGUGUUGCACAUCAUGGAGCUGCUGACGUUCUGACGACGAAGGAUAUCACGACGAGGGUAGUGUGUGGCAGAGUUCUCAUUGCGUCACCUCCACGUGUCUGUGACGGAUCGAUAGACAAAUGCGCUCUCCAAUGCAUAUUCAGCCUUCCACAAGGAGAUAAUUGCAAGGUGCAUUUACCCGAGGGAAAGUGUUGUCCUAUAUGGGACUGCUACGUUUACUAAGAGGAUGACAUUAUUCAGUAUCUUAUUUUUGUUUUACACAAUGUUAGGUUUUUUCUUCAUAGCCUUACUCUUAAAUGAACUAGAUGGAUUUCCAACCAUAAUGCUAGGUUAGCUUUAACUGAUACACUAAGUUAACAUGUGUUGGUGCAAUGGUAGGAUGCCCUUAAUGGUUUUAGAGAAGUAUAUUACACAAUAUUGAAUUAACUUCUCGGUAUAAUUUUCAUUUCCUUGUAAAUCGACCACCUAAAGCUUCAACAUAUACUUGUUUAAGCUUUAUCUCCUUUCUCCUUACUUUUAACUGUUCAAAUGAUAUUUGUUGAUUGUUUAAUAUUCUGGAACUAAAUCUAUGUUGAUUAUCCGAUGUAGAAUUGCAUGUUAA